AUGUCCGACCGCAAAGCCGUGAUAAAAAACGCCGACAUGUCCGAAGAAAUGCAGCAAGACGCCGUCGACUGCGCGACGCAGGCCAUGGAAAAGUACAACAUCGAAAAGGACAUCGCCGCGUUCAUCAAGCGCGAGUUUGACAAGAAGUAUAACCCGACUUGGCAUGCGAUCGUCGGGAGGAACUUUGGGAGUUAUGUUACGCAUGAGACUAAGCACUUUAUAUACUUCUACCUCGGCCAAAUCGCAAUUCUGCUGUUCAAAUCCGGAUAG